GAGUGAUACUUUAAAGACAAUCAGUGACGAAAUACUUUUUAUUAUAGAAUAACUGUAAACAAUAUGAAUAUUUAAUUUUUGCUUCAGGUUGAUGUGUUUGUAAACGUUGUCGCAGUGAAUGAAUUUCCUCCCGUUUUUAAUAACGUCCCAUACAACGUGACAGUGAAUGCGUCUCUGACUGUGGGUUCAUUAGUAUUUUCCCUGAGGUCAGAGGUUACUGAUUCUGACGUCGUUGGUGCUGAAAACUUCAUUUUCGCCAUUCGGAAGUACAAUUUAAGUGAUUUUGACGGUGCAGCCUAUUUUAAUAUCCCAAUGCCAUCGAAAGGAGACAUAACUCUGUCCAAGAUGCUUGAUUUUGAUACCAUGGAAAGAAGCAAACUUUUUCUCAAUCUGAGUGUAUCUGAUGAGCCUCAAUCUUAUUCGAGUCCUACAGCCAAGACAACUUUUACCACCUUGGAAAUACAUGUAGCAGAUGUUGAUGAUCAGCCUCCAUACUUUGAAUACCCUGAUUGCUCCCCACCUUGUACAUCUCCGCAAUUUGUGUCUAAUAUUCGACUGGCCCACAAAGGUCCUCUGCCAAUAAUACCAGCCAUACGAGGGAAUGACUUCGACAGUCUUGGGACACCUCUAGUGUAUUCAAUUAAGGCUGGUAACCAGCAUAAUUUAUUUACAAUGAACCCAGUGACUGGCGCUGUGAAUCAAGAUGUAUCUUUAAACGAAGCAGGUCUCCCCGUUACAGAAUUUAUACUUCUCAUUGAGGUAAGAAAGGACUUGCCAAACAAAGAUCUUUCUUCGAUUGGCAUCUUGAUAAUCAAGGUAUCUGAACCGUCGAAUGGAAACUAAGCAACAGAUAAAGGCUUUGACCUGACGAUACCUUUUAUUGUUGUAUGCAUUCUUUUUGUCAUUGUCUUUGUCCUUUUAAUCGUUCUGUUUAUCAAAUAUCGACGUCAGCAGGAAGACAAGGAUACAAAACCUGCAGACGUCAAAUCAGAAACACAAUCACAAGACGGCGGGGAUUGUACCGGAAACGUAUAUGAACAAUUAAAUUUCAGUAACUAUGCCGUACUUGGGAACAUGACAGACAAGAUUCAGGAUACUCCAGUUAGUAAUGGCGAUUUGUAAAUGUCGUUGUCUUAGCAAAUAGAUACAGUCAAUUAAACGAGUACAAAUGAUUCUGAGGCAUCUUUGAAUAUUGUGUGAAGUUGUUAAAAAAGCAAUAUAAUAUAUACAUAACAUAGCUUUGUAGACUGUUUUUAUUCAACCUCAUUUUGCUGAAACAGAAAAAGAUUAGACUGACACCAGUGUAAAUCCAGGCCAACUUUCAUAUCCGCAUAGGCCCUAUACAGAUCUAUGGUGAACAUGACCAUUUAAGAAAUUCAUCAGGAAGAUGUUAAAGUAUUUCAGUAAUAUUUAAAUGCAUUGGUCUAUAAUGGAACUGUGUGAUGCCUUAAAUAAUUGUAUUAAUUGUAGUUCGUAUCACACAUAACCGUAUCACACAUAACAACAAGCCGCGAAAGAAUUAUAUUGGGAUAUGCAUGUUGUUGGCAUGUGUAUGUUACGUAAACAUAAAUAAACAGCAAUAAACGGUA